AAGUCCAAAUAAAAACACUCUCCCGAACCUUUUCACUAUUCACAUCUUUUUUUCACUUUCUAACUCGAGAAUACAAAAGGAAUUCAAUUAUACAUUUGUAAAUACAGAUGGAAUCCUUGGAUAAGUUUGGAGUCACCUUCGAUUUUAACAAUUUCAUAACAGUUGAUCAGUUUCAUAUAUAUAACUUCCAAAUCCUUUGAUCAACCAGGUCAUUUAAACCAACACUCAUGUUGUUGUCUGUGUCAGUUUGAGCCCAAAAUCGAUGUUGAUGAACCAAUGAUCACCUAUUGAUCUCUAAGUGAAGAUUAUUUUGUUUUGGGCAGGUGGUUCCAUAUGUUUGGUACAUGUCCAUCGCCACUUUGCCAGCAGGAAUACUUGAAAUUGGGUGUUGGAUGUAUGCAAGUGAGAGACAAACAGCUCGUUUACGAUUUGCUUUUCUACAAUCAGUCUUGUGCCAAGAAAUUGGUGCUUUUGACACAGACCUUACCACUGCCAAAAUAAUCAUCGGAAUUAGUGGCCACAUGAGCAUUAUACGAGAUGCCAUUGGAGAAAAGUUGGGACAUUUUAUAUCGUGUGUGACGACUUUCAUUUGUGGAGUUGUGAUUGCCAUUAUAAGCUGUUGGGAAGUGUCAUUGCUCACUUUGUUGGUUGCACCAUUGAUUCUAACAAUUGGAGCCACUUAUAAUAAGAGGAUGACUGCCAUUUCCUCUCUCAAAAUGGAUUGCCAAUCUCAAGCUACAUCAUUGGUUGAACAGUCAAUAUCUCAAAUAAGAACAGUAUAUGCAUUUGUGGGAGAGAGAGGCAGCAUAAAGGCAUUUGAAGAGCAAUGUGAGAAACAGGCUGUGAUGUGCAAACAAGAGGCACUUGUGAAGGGAGUGGGCAUAGGAAUGUUUCAAACUGCAACCUUUUGUUGUUGGAGUCUCAUUGUAUGGAUUGGAGCUGUUGUUGUAACUGCAGGAAGGGCCAGUGGAGGGGACGUCAUAGCUGCUGUUGUGAGUGUUCUCUUUGGAACAAUCACAUUGACUUAUGCUGCACCAGAUAUGCAAGCAUUCAACCAAGCGAAGGUUGCAGGGAAGGAAGUUUUUCAAGUCAUUCAAAGGAUCCCAACUACAAUUGACAGUUUAGAAGAGAAGAAGAGCACAUUAAACCAUAUUGAAGGACACAUUGACAUAAGAGAAGUCCAUUUUGCUUACCCAUCUCGUCCUCAGAAACUCGUUUUUCAAGGCAUCUCUUUGUCCAUUCCAGCAGGCCAAACCGUCGCCUUAGUCGGUAACAGCGGGUGCGGAAAGAGUACAGUCAUCUCCCUUAUUACUAGAUUCUAUGACCCUCUUCAAGGUGAUAUUUUUGUAGAUCAUCAGAACAUCAAGGAUCUGAAUCUGAAAUUCCUCAGGAAUAACAUUGGAAUAGUUUCCCAAGAACCUGCACUUUUUGCUGGAACUAUUAAGGAUAAUAUCAAAAUGGGAAAUAUUGAUGCAGACGAUAAACAGAUGGAAAAUGCAGCAGUUAUGGCCAAUGCACACUCUUUUAUAUCUGACCUUCCAAACCAGUACUCUACAGAGGUUGGACAAGGGGGAACUCAACUGUCAGGAGGUCAAAAGCAAAGAAUAGCUAUAGCAAGAGCAAUUCUCAAGAAUCCAAGAAUUCUCUUAUUAGAUGAGGCCACAAGUGCAUUAGAUUCAGAGGCUGAGAGGUUGGUUCAAGAUGCCCUUGAAAAGGCUAUAAUUGGAAGGACAACCAUUUUGAUUGUCCACAGAAUAUCAACCAUUGUUGGUGCUGAUAUGAUUGCUAUCAUAGAAGAUGGAAGAGUUUCAAAGACAGGAACACACCAAAGCUUGCUAGAAACAAGCACAUUCUAUAGAAACUUAUUCAACCUCCAUAAUAUCAAACCACUUCAAGACUCGAGCAACUCAAAUUCUUUGUCAGAACCUGGAAGUACCCAUCAAGAAGCUCAAUCUAGUGAUCAUGAUCAAGAUGAAAAACCUGAGCUUGAGAAUUCGGAAAUAGAUUCGCUGAGCCAAGAGGAAGAGAAAGUGAAAGCAAAAGAAAUGUUUUUUAGAAUCUGGUUUGGGUUGAGUAAAAUAGAGAUAUUGAAGACUAGUUUUGGAUUUUUAGCUGCAGCUUUGUCAGGCAUUUCAAAGCCUAUCUUUGGAUUCUUUAUCAUAACAAUUGGAGUAGCCUACUAUCAAAAAAAUGCGAAGCAAAAAGUUGGGUUAUACUCCCUCAUCUUUUCUCUAUUGGGAUUAUUAUCACUUUUUACUCACACAUUGCAACACUAUUUCUUUGGAGUGGUGGGUGAGAAAGCAAUGAGAAACCUCAGAGAAGCUCUAUAUUCAGUUGUACUCCGCAACGAAGUAGCUUGGUUUGACAAACCUGAAAACAAUGUUGGUUUACUUACAUCAAAGAUUAUGAACACCACUUCUGUCAUAAAAACCGUAAUAGCCGAUCGAAUGUCCGUCAUUGUACAAUGCAUAUCCUCCAUUCUCAUUGCCACAACAGUGAGUUUUAUCAUCAACUGGAGAAUGGCUCUAGUUGCUUGGGCUGUCAUGCCUUUCCAUUUCAUUGGUGGCCUAAUACAAGCCAAGUAUGCCAAAGGAUUUUCAAGAGAUUCUGCUGAUGUUCAUCAUGAACUAAUUUCAUUAGCCUCAGAAUCAGCAACUAACAUAAGAACUAUUGCUUCUUUCUGUCAUGAAGAACAAAUAAUGAAAAGAGCAAGAAUUUCACUAGAAGAACCAAUGAGAAAAGGUAAGAGAGAAAGUAUAAAGUACGGGAUCAUUUACGGUGUCUCGCUUUGCUUAUGGAACAUUUCAAAUGCCAUUGCUUUGUGGUACACAACAAUUUUGGUUAGCAAGAGACAAGCAUCUUUUGAAGAUGGUAUAAGAUCAUACCAAAUUUUCUCCCUCACAGUACCCUCAAUCACUGAAUUAUGGACAUUAAUUCCAACCGUCAUCAAAGCCAUCGACAUAUUAACUCCAGCAUUCCACACACUUGAUAGAAGAACACUGAUUGAACCUGAAAUACCAAAAGGUGAAACAACAGACAAAAUUGAAGGGAGAAUUGAUUUUCAAACUGUAAACUUCAAAUAUCCUUCAAGGCCAGAAGUCGUUGUUCUUAAAAACUUCAGCUUACAAAUCAAAGCAGGAUCAGAUGUUGCACUCACUGGACCAAGUGGGGCAGGAAAAUCCUCUGUUUUGGCACUUUUGCUAAGAUUCUAUGACCCUGAAAAAGGUAAUAUCCUUAUUGAUGGAAAAGACAUAAAAGAAUACAACCUAAGAACAUUGAGGAGACAAAUAGGAUUAGUCCAACAAGAGCCAGUUCUAUUUAGCUCAUCUAUCAGAUAUAAUAUUUGCUACGGAAGUGAUCAAGUGUCUGAAGCUGAAGUUUUGAAGGUGUCGAAAGAAGCUAACAUACAUCAAUUUGUAAGUUCUUUGCCUGAUGGAUAUGAUACAAUUGUUGGAGAAAAGGGUUGCCAACUAUCAGGAGGACAAAAGCAAAGAAUAGCCAUUGCUAGAACACUUUUGAAGAAGCCAACAAUUUUGCUAUUGGAUGAACCAACUAGUGCAUUAGAUAUUGAAUCUGAAAGAAUUUUGGUUAGUGCUUUGGAGUCAAUAAAUGGGAACAAUGGCUUUAGAACUACCCAGAUAACAGUUGCUCAUAGACUCUCUACUGUGACAAACUCAGAUGUUAUUGUAGUUAUGGAUAGAGGUGAGGUUGUGGAGAUUGGUUCACAUGCCACUUUAUUGACAACUCCUGAUGGAGUGUACUCAAAACUCUUUAGGAUGCAGAGCCUUGUUGAAGUUUAAUAUCUUCGAUCAUUAAAAGUAGGAUGUAGGAGUAAUAUCUUUGUAUAAAAAGCAAGUAUACAUUGGAUGUUUUGAAAUUACAAUGAUGGAUAAUAGAACUAAAACUGAGAGUAGAUGGACCAAAAUGGAAUUUUCGAAA